UGUCAUUAUCUUGAUAAAGACUAUGGCCAUGCAGGAUAAUGGUCAGUUACCCGCCGUUUGGGUUGACAAUGUCCACAAGAGUUACGGCAGAGGGCACUCGAAGACCGGGGUUCUAAAGGGCCUGUGUAUGACGGUCCAACAGGGAGCAAUUUAUGGAUUGCUAGGUCCCAGUGGGUGUGGAAAGACCACCCUGUUGCGGUGCAUUGUGGGAAGACUGGGCGUGGACGAAGGGCGUGUUGUUGUUCUGGGUAAUGUUCCUGGUGCCCGUGGUCAUGGGAUUCCCGGCCGACAAGUGGGUUACAUGCCGCAGGAGAUGGCCCUGUACCAGAAGUUUACGAUCAGUGACACGAUGACAUAUUUCGGUCACUUGCACGGGAUGACCAGGACUCAGAUCGGAAAACGGAUUGAUUUUCUUCUGGACUUCUUAACACUUCCAGACAAACACCAGAUGGUCGAGCAGCUGAGUGGAGGUCAAAAACGCCGCGUUUCAUUGGCUUCAGCUCUUCUGCAGGAGCCGGAACUGUUGAUUCUUGAUGAGCCAACCGUUGGCGUGGAUCCUGUUCUGAGAGAAAAGAUUUGGGAGCAUCUGUUGCAAAUUGCCCAGAACAUGACGAGGACGACGAUUAUCAUCACCACUCAUUACAUAGAGGAAGCUCGGCAGGCCAGUUGUGUUGGUUUGAUGCGAGACGGUCGUUUAUUGGCUGAGGAUAAACCAGAGACUUUGAUGCACAAGUUAAAAAUAAACAGCCUGGAGUUGGUGUUUUUACACCUGUGUCACCGAGACCAACAGGUGCGUGAGACCGAGCGGAACUCGCAGGACGUCAUGUUUCAGGACUCUGUCCAGGACUCUUCCUUUCAACCCACUAGCUCUCUAAUGUCUCCGACGGAAAAAACUCCACUCCUUAGUCAUUCAGCGCAGGAAGCCAGUUACCAGCAGCAACAGAACAACGUCAAGUUUGUAGAUCCUGCGGUUGAUGUGGUCAGUUUGUCUCUUUGUACCUGUCUUCCCCGCUGUCGGAAUAUUGCAGCAGUCUUUGUGAAGAACGUCACAAUACUCAAGCGAAAUAUAGGAUUUUUACUUUUCGAGUUCAUCUUACCAUCCAUUCAGAUUGUGCUGUUUUGCUUGUGUAUAGGUCGCGACCCCUUCAAUUUGCAUGUGGGUAUUGUCAACCACGACACCGGGGUGUUGGGAAAGAUGUUUCUGUCAAACCUCGACAAUGAUUCGGUUCAUCAGAUUCCUUAUGAAAAUCUGUCAGCAGCUCUCGACACCGUACGCCAGGGAAACAGCUGGGGUGUCCUAGCAAUGGGACAAAACUUCUCUACAGAUAUUCUACUCCGAUUCUCGGAUGGCCCCCGGGUGGACAAUGCUACACUGAAUGGCAGCUCCAUCCAGGUGUACUUGGACAUGACCAAUCAGCAGAUCUCUAUAAUGCUUCAGCAGAAAAUUGAUGCUGCUUUUCAGAAGUUUGCACACACAAUGCUAGAAGGAGCUGGCUUAAAUCCACAAAUCGCAAGCUUACCCAUAAAGAUUGAACAACCAAUAUAUGGAAAUAUUAGUCCAAGUUUCACUAAUUUCAUGGCACCUGGGAUUAUUAUAAGCAUAACGUUUUUCAUGGCUACAGGCUUGACAACGAUGGUGUUUAUAACUGAAAAGCGAGAGGGUCUUCUUGACAGAAGUCAAGUGGCAGGUUUAAAGACCAUUGAAAGCAUGAUCGCUCACAUAUCUACACAGUUUCUAGUUCUUAUUGUUCAAGUGGCCCUGCUACUAGUGUUUGCUAUUGUCGUCUUUAAGGUUCCGUACCUUGGUCCUCUAAUAUGGGUGAUCAUCCUGGCUCUUUUACAAGGAUUCUGUGGGAUGACAUUAGGGAUGGUGUUUUCCGUUGUGUGUGACAAGGAAGAAUCGGCCAUUCAGCUAGCUCUCGGCUCGGUUUACCCGAUGUUGCUACUCAGUGGCGUCAUCUGGCCUAUAGAGGCCAUCCCCGAAUGGCUGCGAUAUAUCAGUGUUUGUUUACCGAUGACCUACGCUUCCGAGGCCAUGAGAUCCGUGCUCAGUAGAGGUUGGGACAUCACGGCCUUCCUAGUGUGGCGCGGUUAUCUGAUAACUAUCGGCUGGAGUGCUGGUCUACUGCUUCUAGCUGCUGUUAUUCUCCGCAUUAAACAGUAACAACUGCUGGUGUUGACUUUAUUAUAAAGUUAUCCUCUAAAUGAUUUAUUCCAGGUUGGGACAUCACGGCCUUCCUAGUGUGGCGCGGCUAUCUGAUAACUAUCGGCUGGAGUACUGGUCUACUGCUUCUAGCUGCUGUUAUUCUCCGCAUUAAACAGUAACAACUGCUGGUGUUGACUUUAUUAUAAAGUUAUCCUCUAAAUGAUUUGUUCCAGGUUGGGACAUCACGGCCUUCCUAGUGUGGCGCGGUUAUCUGAUAACUAUCGGCUGGAGUACUGGUCUACUGCUUCUAGCUGCUGUUAUUCUCCGCAUUAAACAGUAACAACUGCUGGUGUUGACUUUAUUAUAAAGUAAGCCUCUAAAUGAUUUGUUCCAGGUUGGGACAUCACGGCCUUCCUAGUGUGGCGCGGUUAUCUGAUAACUAUCGGCUGGAGUGCUGGUCUACUGCUUCUAGCUGCUGUUAUUCUCCGCAUUAAACAGUAACAACUGCUGGGACCCAGGGCAGUAUUCCAUGACAGGUCAAAGAUGUCUGCUUUUUGGACAUACAGGAAGUGGAUUCUUGACCGUCAUAGCACAGGAAAAACAAAACUGUUUUUGAUUGAUGUCAUAAAUCAUUCCUGUCUGUGAAAUCAUUAUUUUAUGUUUAUAUUUGGAGGAAUUCUGUGAUGUCGUUAUUUUUAUGUGCAACUAAUUUAUGCAUAUUUAUAUUUGGAAGAAUUCUGUUGAAGUAAAUUUGUUUAAGAAUUUGGUUAACAGAUUAGCAAAGCAUGAUUAUGUGAAUAAUCGAGUAUUUAUGUUUUGCACUUUGAUCUCAGAAUUCAGGUAACUGAACAAUUGGCAACCUUCUUGUAAUAUUGGAGUUUCAUCAAUAAUCAUCUGUAAUGACUGGUUUUCUGCAAAUGAACCCUUCUGCAACACAAAGGCUGUGGUAUGUACUAUCCUGUCUGUGGGAUGGUGCAUAUGAAAGAUCCCUUGCUGAUAAUCGAACAGAGUAGCCCAUGAAGUGGCAACACCUGGUUUCCUCUCUCAAUAUCUGUGUGGUCCUUACCCAUAUGUCUGACGCUAUAUAACCAUAAAUAAAAUGUGUUGAGUGCGUCGUUAAAUAAAACAUUUCUUCCUUCCUGUCUUCCUUCCACAAUAUUUCCGUUAUACGAGUGGUUAGAAUAUACAUGUACCCGAACUUCUCAAGGGUUUCAUUUAAAAGUUUGUUUUGUUUAAUGACACCACUAGAGCACAUUGAUUUAUUCAUCAUCGGCUGUUGGAUGUCAAUCAUUUUGUAAUUUUCACAUUUAGUCUUAAAGUUUGUUUUGUUUAACGACA